AUGAUUUUUAUCGCAAAAUUUUUGUUGGCAUCAGCUUUAUGUCCAUAUGGUGUUUCAGAUACUCCGAUUGCUGGAAUUUAUUACUGUCCUCAUUCAAAAAUGAUUGAUGACAAAAUAUGCUCAGGCUCAGACGCAUGCCCUUCAAGGUUUACUUUUGGUAAGAAAAAUGGUAUGAUUGCUUGAUGCUUUCCAAAUAGUAGAAAUGAUGCAGUUAUUUUCGAUUUACAGUUUUCAAGCAUCAAGGAUUUAACCGCUACAUAUAUAGCAAGUUCAACCGAUUCUACUACAAUAUUCCAAAAUCCAGAUUUCAUUUCAUAUAUGUCUCAGACUCAAAAUUCCCCACUCCUAACUAUUGACCGUAGCUUUUAUUUUGCGACUACAUCAAGUACUUCUAAUAGCGAAGGCUUUAUUCCUGGAUGCUAUUUUACGUUAAACACAUGAAUUAAGCCUCUUGAAAGUGGAGAAAUUGUAAACAUUAUUUAUAGUUCGACUUCAUAUAUAAAAUACAGGCAAAUCUAUCUAUUAUUGGCAUGCCUGAUCCCAAAGUCAAAUUUUUCUAUUUUAAAUAUGAUUUUUAUUAGCUGCCAUGGCUUGAAUAUUAUAAAUAUAGUAUAUAAGAAUAUGGGCCGAUAUCUCAGGCGUGUAUAA